CUGCGGGGGCAGCCCUCCGUCGGGUCCACGUGCCAGUACGCGAGCGCCGAGCUCGAAGUUUCCCUCACGUCGAGGGACGUGUUUUCUAACGUACAGGUGAAUCCUGCUGUCUUGGCUGCAAACUGCCUCGAGCAUCAGAACUGAUGACAGUCAUGCAAAGGAGGGAGAGGGUCAUGCAGCUUUUGAAAGAUUAAAGCAGUGUUGGAAAUGCAGGAGGCUCUUGACUUCAAAUACAAGUAAAGGAACUUCAGCAUGUAACCGCACUAUAGGGACCUCAGUGUACCCCUCUUCACAGCACAAACAGAUACGUUUGGAAAUGGAGGUGGAGGAGGCAUAUGAAAAAGGAGAGAAUACUCAGGGGAAAAUGACUCGAGCUGAAGCUGCAAAAUUAGUGAAAAAGAACUUUCUGGAAGCCCUGAAGUCUAAUGACUAUGAAACACUGGAAGAGCUCUUGAACCAAAAGAAAAUAGAUGUGGACACGGUGUUUGAAGUGGAAGAUGAGAAUCUGAUUCUGGCAUCCUACAAACAAGGAUACUGGCUGCCUAGUUACAAAUUAAAAAUAUCCUGGGCAACUGGACUUCAUCUGGCUGUCAUGUAUGGGCAUCUGGAGAGUCUUUCAGUCCUGCUCAAUCACAAAGCUACGAUCAACUGCCGGCCCAAUGGGAAAGCUGCAAUCCACAUAGCAUGUGAAACAGCAAAUGUUGAGUGUCUCAAGAUCCUCUGCAACCAUGGAGCCAAGCUGAACUGCUUUUCAAUGAGUGGGCAGGCACCCUUGCACUUCUGUACAACACUAACCUCCAUUCCUUGUGCCCAGCAGCUGAUUUGGAGAGGAGCCAACGUGAACAUAAAAACCUACAACCAAGAUGAGGAGACCCCUCUGCACACUGUUGCGCGUUUGGGUAUCCCUGAGCUCGUGGCUUUCUACGUGGAACAAGGGGCGCAGGUCGAUGCUCUCAAUGCCCACAUGGAGACCCCCCUGGCUUGUGCAGUCUACUGGGCCCUUCACUACAAGGACCAGACAUACAGCCCCGACCACCACCUCAUCUGCCGGAUGCUCUUAGACUACAAAGCUGAAGUGAACACUCGUGAUGAGGACUUCAAAUCUCCACUCCACAAAGCUGCCUGGAACUGUGAUCAUGUACUGCUUCACAUGCUGCUGGAAGCAGGAGCAGAAGCCAACAUCAUGGAUGUCAAUGGCUGUGCACCCCUACAGUAUAUCAUAAAAGUGACAUCUGUGAGGCCAGCUGCCCAGCCUGAUGUCUGCUACCAGCUGCUACUGAAUCAUGGAGCAGCCAGGAUAUAUCCCCUGCAGUUCCACAAGGUGCUACAAGCCUGUCAUUCCUACCCCAGGGCUGUGGAGGUGGUCGUCAACACCUAUGAACACAUCAAAUCAACAUCAAAGUGGAAAGCGGCCAUACCUGAUGAUGUCUUUGAGCGGCACCAGGAUUUCUACGACUCCUUAUUCAGUGUGUGCAGCAAUUCACCACGGUCCCUCAUGCACUUAUGCAGAUGUGCUAUUCGGAUGACACUGUCAGAACGAUGCCACCGAGGCGUCCCCUUGCUCUCCAUCCCACUGUCCAUGAAGAAGUACUUGCUGCUGGAACCAGAAGGAAUAAUCUACUGA